UCUAUCUUUGGGAAGGUAUAAAACAACAAUGACCUAUUUUUUUUAUUUUUUAUUUCGCCCCAUCUCAUUGAUUACCUAUUCUGAGAAGGUCCUGAAGCUAAUUCAUUAACAGAGAGUGCAUCUUAUCAUGGCUCGCGAGAUUCUCAAGGCAGCGAAGUCCGCAUCGAAUGUCGUCGCCGUUCACAAGAAAUACACACUUCAAUCCACCGGCAUCUGGGAGCGUCUUCGCCGCCUUCUUUCGAUUGAUCCCAAUCGCUCAACAGGUGUUCCAUUGAACGCCCAGUUUCGUCUACCGACCCCUGGAGCUCUUCCUCCUCUUUCCUAUGACGACCCGGUUACCAUUCCGGCCGGUGAUAUUGCGGACAACCCUUAUUGGAAGCGUGAUGUUCGGAGGAGUUACCCUAAGCUUAGCACUGUGAGCCAAGCAGAUGCUGUCGGUCUUCUCACCGUAGGCAGCCAGGCAGCACCGAAGGACGAUAUUCUACAGAUCGGUGAAGCAGGAGAGAAGCAAAUUAUUUCAGUCAAGCAGCAGGGAGAAGAACGCGGUCUGGCUAGCUUUUUUGAGAAGGAUAAGAAGGGUUUUCAGGGUGUCUUAAAGGCCAAUGGUUUGCCGCCGAAGCCUUGCAAUAUGAACCCGUCAGGUUCCAAGUAUCAGCUUGAUCAUGAUCAUGGCUAUUCCAAUGUAUAUCCCUGCCGCACAUUUGUCUGAUGAUGCACUCGAGUUAGAGAUUGAAUAUUACAUCGCAUUCUUUUUGCCUUCCACACUCCCGCCUCCCUUGCUGCUGUUCAAUUUUAUACUAUUAUACCCAAAACGUACUCGGGGCGAUAAAUAGUGUAUAUGAGACUCCAUAAGUAGGCAGCACUAAUGGUUCGCACUUCUAUGAGUAUUAGUUUUUUAUUUUUACUUUUCUCCUUUUGGAGCGUUGGAUAUAUGCAUAUUUGCAUAACGUUAGGAGGCGACGAACUGCUACUGGUGGAGAGGAUACAGAUAACUAUUAGUUACUUAGUAGCCAGAUCAAGAAAGGUAGAUUGGUAGUAACAGGU